GUCACCUUCAGCAACCGUGCCACUCUGUUCAUGGAAAAGUCCAACUCGUUCGCCAACUUCAGCGGAAACAUUCGGCGGCACCUUUCGGAACGAACCCGACACGGUGUCACGAAAGUCAUGUCGCUGGGAGGUGGGUCUCGGAACUUGCUUCGGACAAAGGAGAAAAGCGCGGGCGGGCACCGCAGCAAGGUCGAUGGUGGAACAGCGGAGAAUCAUGUGUCACCAGGCAAAGGCAACACUACUGACGACCUCACCUCGGAAGCAAGCGAGUUUUCGGGCAAUAGCAACGUCGACGACCAGAGCACUGUGGUACAUAAACAAAGUAAAUACUCCAAAUCCUAGCUUUCUUAAGUGGUUUUAGACCGGUCACUGAAGUCUAAAAACUUCUUUGCUUUCUUUGAACUUCCUUAUCCGUGAAAGUAGAUAGGGCUAGGCAGACAUCGCACUAAUAUUUAUGUGCAUGUUCUUGUUGAGGUCUCGAUCUCGUCCACCUCUGCAGGAGCCCGUGCGCAUGAUCCCAAAAAAUUAUUUGCCCUUACAACUACUACUACAUCACUACCAGUUCACCUCUGCAUCCGCGACCGGAGCGGACAUUCACCGUUCCUCCACACCCCCGCAGAAGAAGAAAUGGAAGCGAUCCAUUCGCGUGGUCGGAGGCGUGCAGAACGGCCACGUGUACCUUCGCGUGUAUGGUGGUCUCAAACGUUGCAUGGGUCGCUGACUGUGAAAAGGUGCCCUUUGUACGGAGUGCGUUCGUGUGUUCGGUCGGAUUUGCGUCACGAAAUCAUGGCACAGCGAUCAAUGUAACGUUUGAGAACCCCAUAGCAUGGACGAGGAGGUGGAUGAGUUGCAGGUGGAACAGGAGACAGAUCCGUCCGCCAGCGAGCGAAACCUUUCGACGUACGGGACGAACAAUAGGGGCAGUCUGGAUGGCAUUCACGCGGACCUUGCGCGCGCCGCGAACAACAGUGGGGUACUCGCGGCCCGGAUUUCCGGGCUCACAGGCGACGGCGGCCGCACGCCCGGCGGGCCGUUGGAGGACGGCCGGCCGCUGCAUGACUUGGUGAACCCGGC